AUGAUUCAACCUCCCUCCAAUGGAAUAUUAACUCAGGACAUAGUCACAUACAGCAAACUAUAUGACAACGACUCGAUACCUGUUAGUCAGCUAGCAUGCUACAAGAACGGUCUUAUACUGGAUGGGUACCCAUCAUGGAAAACCGUCGGUGACAUCCCGCAUUCAAUCACUGGUCUUGAACAGGUUGAUGGACCUGAUUCUCCACUCUGCGGUUCCUGCUGGAUUCUUACAUACGGCGAAACCUCUAGACCUGUGCUUAUCCUAGAUAGUGCAAAGGAGGGCUUCGUAUCGACUCUUGAUACCUUAAACUGGCUCGCGAGUGGCAAGGGCGAAGAGCUUGGAAAGAUUGAGGUAAAGGCUACCAAGGUUGAUCACACGAACUGUGGUUUUGCCCCUGGGGAUAUACAUAAGGAACUCUGA